AUGGCAGCCAGGAUCCCUUGCCAUCGUUACCCUUCUUCCUCCUCCUCCAUGGCCAUGAUCUGCCCAAGGUCAGGCACAAGGCAGUCGUCCUUCAGGCUUAGGACCUCUGCUCAUGGCAGCAGUUCUUCACCACACCUCUCCUUUGCUUCUGUGACAGACAAGAAAGUUCAGGUGUUUGAGGACCAAUUGAGAGGGAUCGUAUGCUACAGAGAUGAGAACGGGGAGAUGAUCUGUGAGGGGUACGACGAAGGCCCGAGGCUCGGAAUGCGGUUGCCAGAGAAGGCCUCCUUCCCAUGGCCUGUGGGGGUUCGGGUCACUGAUUUCAUCCAGCUAGCGACGCUCCAGGUUUUUGAGGACGUCGAUGUUCUUCAGCUCAGGAGUGACCAGAAGAGGCAGCUCUGA